AGGACGAGGCCAGCAAGCAAGCAAGCCUGUGCCACGUACAAGCUAAUUGUCACUCUAGCUAGCUAGCUUAAUUAGCUAGUUUAAUUUGAGCUCUGUGAGCUUGGUGUUAGUUGCCAUGGCGGAUGAGAAGAAGCACCACCUGUUCCACCGCAAGAAGGACGAGGAGGAGGAGAGGCCCGUCGGAGAUCAGUACGGCGCCGGCGAGGGGGUCUACACGGCGGAGACGGUGACCACGGAGGUGGUCACCACCGGGCAGGACGAGUACGAGAGGUACAAGAAGGAGGAGAAGCAGCACAAGCACAAGCAGCACCUCGGCGAGGCCGGCGCCAUCGCCGCCGGCGCCUUCGCCCUGUACGAGAAGCACGAGGCGAAGAAGGACCCGGAGAACGCGCACAGGCACAAGAUCACGGAGGAGAUCGCCGCCACGGCGGCCGUCGGCGCCGGCGGCUACGCCUUCCACGAGCGCCACGAGAAGAAGAAGGACGGCAAGAGCGCCGAGGAGGCCACCGGCGAGAAGAAGCACCACCUCUUCGGCUGACCGACCCCUACGUCUACGUCGCGUCGGUCGGCCGGCGACCUAGCUCGCCGCCGGCGUCGUCGCCGCCGUGUGUAAUAAUUUGUCUUUUUCUGCAUGCGUGUGCUGGUCUAUGUCUCGCCUCGACGAGUGAGAGGCUGACACGUGGGACCAGGCCUUCAGCUCGUGUUGCUUGAUUUUCUCUGCAGCCUUGCGUGUGUGUCCUAAUAAGUGACCUGGAUGAGUGCUGUGUAGGCAUAUCCAUGGCUCUCUUCCUGUCAUGUAUCCAUGUGAAUUUGUAUUGUUGAUGCAGUAUUAAUGGACCUCGACUUUCUUCAUAUGUCA